UUGUUUUGAACUCAAACCUGUUAUCACACCAACCGGACUGAUUAGCAUACUAGCAAAGGUUUUUAUUAUUCAGCUUAAAUCACACCAUUCUCGCAUUAUCUUUUACGCGAGCUUGACAAAAUGUCGGGAUUAAAGUAUCUAUCCGGCUUCGGUUCGGAGUUUGCAAGUGAAGAUCCUCGAAGGCCAGGAGCAUUGCCGGAAGGUCAGAACAGUCCACAAAAGUGUGCGUAUGGACUGUAUGCUGAACAACUCUCCGGGAGUGCUUUCACCGCUCCGAGACAUGACAACAAGAGGUCGUGGUUAUAUAGAAUUCGUCCUUCAGUAGUCCAUAAGCCAUUCGCACGCUCCAGUGUUGCUAAGUAUCUCACACACAAUUGGGAUGAAGUGGAAGCUGAUCCUAAUCAGUUGCGUUGGAUGCCAUUCGACAUUCCAUCUGAAGGGAAUGUAGACUUUGUAGCUGGACUACACACGGUGUGCGGAGCUGGAGAAGCGCGAUCUCGACACGGCAUUGCUAUUCAUAUGUAUCUUUGCAAUGCCUCUAUGGACAAAAGCGCCUUUUACAGCAGCGAUGGAGAUUUACUUAUUGUGCCACAACAAGGAGUUUUACAGAUAACUACUGAAUUUGGAAAAAUGGAGGUUGCACCUAAUGAGAUUGCAGUGAUCCAACUUGGAAUGAGAUUUGUAGUAGCAGUUGAUGGACCUACGAGAGGUUAUAUACUAGAAGUAUUUGAUGGUCAUUUCAAACUACCAGACCUUGGACCUAUCGGCGCGAAUGGUCUGGCAAAUCCCCGUGACUUCCUUACACCUGUGGCUUGUUAUCAUGACGAAGAAAUUCCUGGAUUUAAAAUAAUAAGCAAAUAUCAAGGACGGCUGUUUGAAGCUGAGCAAAACCACUCUCCGUUCGAUGUGGUGGCCUGGCACGGCAACUACGUGCCAUACAAAUAUGACCUGAGCAAGUUUAUGGUCAUCAAUUCUGUUUCAUUUGACCACUGUGAUCCUUCGAUUUUUACCGUGUUAACAUGUCAGUCAACCAAGCCAGGCGUGGCAAUUGCAGAUUUUGUGAUUUUCCCGCCUAGGUGGUCCGUUCAAGAAAAUACAUUUAGACCUCCAUACUAUCACAGGAACUGUAUGAGCGAGUUUAUGGGUCUCAUCCUGGGAUCAUAUGAGGCUAAAGAAGGUGGUUUCUCCCCGGGAGGUGCUUCACUGCACUCUAUGAUGACACCACACGGUCCUGACGCACAAUGUUUCCAAGCAGCUUCUUCUGCUGAAUUAGUACCGCAAAAGAUUGCUGUUGGCACUCAGGCUUUCAUGUUUGAGUCGUCACUAAGCAUGGCCGUAACAAAAUGGGGUUUGGAAACUUGCCAGAAAUUGGAUGCAAAAUAUCAUCAAUGCUGGCAAAAUCUUCCGAAAUUAUUUUCCGAUAAAAUUACUGUCUAGUUUGUACUUAUUCUUUUAGGUACUUAUAUUUUCUAGUCUUUUAAUAAAAUACAGAAUACGCUCAAUUGUUUUU